AUGUCGUACACAAACACACCAAAUAGUACCCAGCACACAUCUCAAGAUGACGCUCCGGAAAUACCCACUAGAACGUCCGAGAACUUAAAGGUUAAUCAAUUAAAAAAGCCCGUUGGAGAAUUGGUCUGGGAGAAUAGAAUACUUCGCACCGUGAUCAAGGAAUUAGAGAUAGCUAACACGGAGGCUGGGGCUGAAAAAAGAUUGACUAAGACCAGGAUUAGCAUGUUCGAAAAAUUAGAUGCAAAUUAUUUUUUACACCUCACUGAUGCUCAGGGGAAAAUUAAGGAAGCAUGGAUGGCAAAAGGCACUGAGAUCAUCCGAAAUAGGAUGGAUCUUGAUGCUAGUGGCGCGGAUAUUCAUCGAGAUGCGGGACGAUAUGGAGAUAAUUAUUUCCUUGUUGAUAAUGGACCAUCAAACGGCAGGCUUCACGAAGGAACAGAAAGACAUAAUCACCAGUUUGAAGGAAAGGAAAGAAUCUCUGCGGCUGAGACAAAGAUUAAGUACGAGAAGAUGCUGGAGGAGCAAGCUAAUACUAUCGCCAAGAUUGAGAAAAGGGAAAUGAUGAUAAUGUUGGAGAUAAAGAGCAGAUAUGAAAAGAAAUUGAAGGAACAAUGCGAAAUUAUUGCCAGUCUCGAAGAGAAAGGAAAAUCAACGAUAUCCGAGCCGAAUAUUGAAUACGAGGAGAAGCUAAAAGAACAAAGUAGCAUUAUCGCGAAACUAUAA